UAUUCUUAGAGCAUAUAUAUAGAGCAAGGGUCACCCCUUUUUUAUUAUAAAAAGUAAAACCACACAGUUCCUACCUUAGGUCGUCGAUUCACUUCAAAAAUCUCAAGGAACUCUUCUUUCUCUAGAGGUCUCUGAGUUUUGGUUUAAGGAGAAUAGUGAUUAGUAAUAAUUUGGAAAGAAGAAAGAUGCAUUCAAAUCACUUGCUUUUGGAGGAGCCUAUAAGGAUGGCUUCAAUUCUGGAGCCUUCAAAAUCUAGUUUCUUUCCAGCAAUGACGAAGAUUGUAGGCACACUAGGUCCAAAAUCUCGAUCUGUUGAGGUUAUUUCUGGUUGCCUCAAGGCUGGGAUGUCCGUGGCUAGGUUUGAUUUUUCAUGGGGUAACCCUGAGUAUCACCAGGGGACUUUGGAGAAUUUGAAGGCUGCUGUCAAGACCACCAAGAAGCUCUGUGCUGUCAUGCUCGACACGGUGGGACCUGAGUUGCAGGUUGUUAAUAAAAGUGGCAACCCCAUUUCUCUUCUGGCAGAUGGUUUUGUUAUUCUGACACCAGAUCAAGAACAGGAAGCUUCAUCUAAAGUUCUCCCCAUCAAUUUUGAUGGACUAUCUAAGGCAGUGAAGCAUGGAGACACCAUUUUUGUCGGCCAAUACCUCUUCACUGGAAGUGAAACUACUUCUGUAUGGCUGGAGGUUUCUGAGGUGAAGGGCAAUGAUGUGGUCUGUGUUAUAAAGAACUCAGCAACUUUGGCUGGAUCUUUAUUCACUUUGCAUGCCUCCCAAAUUCGUAUUGAACUUCCUACUCUUUCAGAUAAAGAUAAGGAGGUUAUAAGUACUUGGGGAGUUCAAAACAAAAUUGACUUCCUCUCAUUGUCGUAUACCCGGCAUGCAGAAGAUGUACGCAAUGCCCGUGAGUACCUAUCUAAGCUGGGUGAUCUAUAUCAGACUCAAAUUUUUGCCAAGAUUGAGAAUAUAGAGGGUUUAACUCAUUUUGAUGAGAUAUUACAAGAAGCUGAUGGUAUUAUCCUUUCCAGAGGAAAUUUGGGCAUAGAUCUCCCACCAGAGAAGGUGUUCUUAUUUCAGAAGGCUGCCCUUUACAAGUGCAACAUGGCUGGCAAGCCUGCAGUGGUCACUCGUGUUGUGGAUAGUAUGACUGACAACUUAAGACCAACUCGUGCAGAAGCAACUGAUGUUGCUAAUGCUGUGUUGGAUGGAAGUGAUGCGAUUCUUCUUGGUGCUGAGACUCUUCGUGGGCUGUACCCUAUAGAAACCAUUUCCACUGUUGGUAAAAUCUGUGCUGAGGCAGAGAAGGUUUUCAAUCAAGACUUGUAUUUCAAGAAAACUGUCAAAUAUGUUGGAGAGCCAAUGACCCACCUUGAAUCCAUUGCUUCAUCUGCGGUACGAGCAGCCAUCAAGGUGAAGUCAUCCGUCAUUAUAUGCUUCACUUCUUCAGGAAGGGCUGCAAGAUUGAUUGCCAAGUAUAGGCCAACAAUGCCAGUUCUGUCUGUUGUCAUCCCUCGACUUAAGACAAAUCAAUUGAAAUGGAGCUUUAGUGGGGCCUUUGAGGCAAGGCAAUCGCUCAUUGUCAGAGGUCUCUUUCCUAUGCUUGCUGAUCCGAGACAUCCUGCGGAAUCUACAAGUGCUACGAAUGAGUCCAUUCUAAAGGUUGCUCUUGAUCACGGAAAAGCUUCCGGAGUAAUAAAGUCGCAUGACAGGGUAGUUAUUUGCCAAAAAGUUGGGGAUGCAUCUGUGGUCAAGAUUAUUGAGCUUGAGGAUUAAAAUGUGUUAAGCCCCAAAAAUUUUUGUGCUUUUUUUUCCUACUCUUAAUUAUGAAAGCAGGUGGUGAAUUCAGCUCCUGGCACCUGUGAGCGGUAUCCAUCCCUCCAGGUUUUAUGACCAGCAGCUUGUUUUGGUGUUUGAACGGUGACAAUAACUUUUGUUCACACCUGAAAUGAAUGUCGUGGAAACUUAUAUCCA